AUGGAAGGGGAAGAAGACAAGGUGGCGGGUUGUGGCGUGCCAAAGAAGAAAAUGGCGAAACAGCUGACGGGAAAACGGGAAGAUACGCUGCUUCAUUCAGCAGUGAGACGUGGAAACAAAGACCAAGUCGUCGACAUUCUUACAAAAACCAGAGAGUCAGAGUUGAAUGAGCUGUUGGGAAAACAGAACCAAUCAGGCGAAACCGCGCUCUAUGUUGCAGCAGAGUAUGGUGAUGUGGAGAUUGUCAAGGAGAUGAUCAAUUGCUAUGAUCUUUCUCUCGUUGAGAUCAAAGCAAGGAACGGUUUCGAUGCUUUCCACAUUGCUGCCAAGCAAGGAGAUCUCGGUACGUCUAAAACGCUUUCAAAAGAUCUUUCCAUUAUAAACCCGCGGUCUUUAAGGAUUCGGACUUUUACAGAUGUGUUGAAGGUUCUAGCAGAAGCUCAUUCGGAGCUAGCGAUGACGGUUGAUCUACUGAAUACUACGGCACUGCACACAGCGGCAACACAAGGACACACGGAAGUGGUGAAGUUUCUGUUGGAACUGGGAAGCAGCCUCGCCGGAAUUGCCAAGAGCAACGGUAAGACGGCGUUGCACUCUGCGUCAAGGAACGGGCAUGUCAAAGUCGUCAAAGCUCUCUUGGCGUCGGAACCGGCGAUUGCAGUUAGGAUGGACAAGAAGGGCCAAACAGCGCUUCACAUGGCGGCUAAAGGAACAAACGUCGAGGUCGUGGAGGAGCUUAUCAAAGCGGAUAGGUCGUCUAUCAAUAUAGCCGACACAAAGGGAAACACGGCGUUGCACAUUGCAGCACGAAAAGGAAGAUCUCAGAUCGUUAAGCUGCUACUAGCCAACAACAUGACCGACACAAAAGCUGUUAACCGAACUGGGGAAACCGCACUUGACACAGCAGAGAAGAUUGGGAAUCCAGAGGUGGCUCUUAUCUUACAAAAGCAUGGUGUUCCCAGCGCCAAGACCAUUAAGCCGUCCUCUGGGCCUAACCCUGCUCGUGAGCUGAAACAAACGGUCAGCGAUAUCAAGCAUGAGGUACACAACCAGCUCGAACAUACACGCCAGACAAGGAAACGUGUUCAAGGAAUCGCCAAACAGCUCAACAAAAUGCACACGGAAGGUCUCAACAAUGCAAUCAACUCGACCACUGUUGUCGCCGUUCUGAUUGCAACGGUCGCGUUUGCAGCCAUUUUCACCGUCCCGGGUCAGUAUGUAGAAGACGAAAGCAAGAUUCCAGAAGGGCAUUCCCUCGGGGAGGCGAAUAUUGCAUCGACGACUCCCUUCAUUAUAUUCUUCAUCUUUGAUUCGAUCGCACUCUUCAUCUCCUUAGCAGUUGUGGUGGUUCAGACAUCAGUGGUGGUGAUAGAGAGCAAGGCCAAGAAGCAGAUGAUGGCUGUGAUAAACAAGCUCAUGUGGCUUGCCUGUGUUCUCAUCUCUGUUGCCUUUUUGGCUCUGUCCUUUGUUGUUGUUGGUGAAGAAGAGAAGUGGCUAGCCAUUUGGGUGACUGCUAUCGGUGCAACCAUCAUGAUCACGACCUUAGGGACCAUGUGCUACUGGAUUAUACAGCAUAAGAUCGAAGCCGCCAACGCAAGAAACAUUCGAAGAUCCUCCAUCAACAGUGUAUCUGGGUCUUGGGGAAUUCCCCAGCUUACGGAUACUGAUGUUCUCCAAAACGAGUGUAAGAAAAUGUAUGCAAUCUAA